UAGGGCCUAGUAGAGAUCAAACAUUCAAGCCCAAUGAUUCCAUUAAUUAAUUAAUCUAUCCGAUCCGUUGGACCCGUUGUUUAAGCUUCGCUUGCCUCGUCACGACCAUGAUCUCAUAACGAGAGCAGCAGGUAGGAAGCCAUGGCGCCACCGACGAGGAGAGAGAGGGCGGCGGCGGCGGCGGCGAUGUCGAGCUCGUCGGUGCCGGCGGCGGCCCGGCCGGGGGCGAUCGAGGUGCAGCGCCGGCGGGUGGGCAGCUGGUGGACGAGCCGCCGGAUCUCUUUCUACGCCUCCCGCGCCUACUUCCUACUCAUCAUCCUCCAGAUCCCGCUCUUCCGGGUCCCUUGUAGAGCAGGUACAUGCACAACACCAAUUCAAGUCACCUCAUCUCAAUUGGUCUCAAACGACAUAUUCCCACCGGCUGUUGUGAAGGCCAUGCUCUACCCUGGAGCUAUCGUGAGCAGCCUCACUAAAAGCAUUGCAUUUCCAAGGUGGAGUGACCUGUUUGACAUUUACAACCUGACAGAAGCCAAAAAUGCCUCUGAAGUAGUUGAUCUCCAGCGUCUAGAGAUACUUGCUGGAAGCUACUUCUGUGUUGCUGGAGCACUUGUCGGCAUCAUUAAUCCUGGGAGGAUGACUUUGUUUGGUACCCUUUUGGUUAUAUGGGGUCUAGUGAAAGAAGCACUGUUUGGGAAACCUGUAAACAGCGAUCCAACACAAUCGACUUAUGUCUACCCGACCAUUUUGAUUGCACUGAUCUGUGCAUUUAUGUCAAUAACAUACAAUGUAAAGACGACGGCAAAAAGUAGUCCUGUUUCUAUUGCAAAGCCACUGAAAAGUUCUGCCAAGUCAAAACUGAAGUAGACAUUGUUGCAACUUCAAUCCUUGUAACUCAUUUCCCCUAUUUAUGUCCUAAAGACAGGUUUGAGGGUAAUCUGAGGAUUUUUUUGGUGUAUCUCACUUUCAAUACUGUAACAUUAACUUUCUACCUUGCAGUGAUGAUUCAGGCGGUCACUCAUUUGUACUGUUGACCAAACACACAUCUGUAAUGUUGAUAAAAGACAGCUAAUCCCCAA